GUGAUCUACAUAGAAUGAUAUCAACAAACAUGUUCCCCAAAGCUCUUUUACCUAAAUGAUUCUCAAAAGUUAUAAUAACGUGAUAAUGGAAUUAUCUGCUCCUUUUCUCGCCUCAUACUGGCAGUACAUUGCCUCAGUUUUUGCCGGAAUUUUCAUCGCUCAGGUAAUGAGGGGAGUUUUCCAGCAGAAGAAACAAGGUUAUACUGUAGAUGUGGACCCUAUGCAAGAUGGCGAAACGGCCGACAUCCCUCAAAGUGACCCACGUGAAUUAGGUGACAAUGAUCAAAUACCUUAUCCUUGGUUCGAAGAUCGCUUGACCGAGGAACAAAUGAAACAAAAGUCCGCCGAGUUCUACGAAAAGAUGAACAAACGACGAACUGUUCGCAAAAUUAGCGACGAAGACGUCCCUUUGGAGGUAGUGGAAAACAUCAUUAAAACGGCAGGUUAACACAUAACUGAAACUAUGAUAAAAUAAGCAUAUCUGUUCCACUGUUCUAUUUUACUCUUUGCAUGACCAAUAACUAUAAGUGUAAGAAGAGUAUAUCUAUAUGCAUCCAUGUAAGAGCCUGGUUUUAAAAGCGAUUCAAUAACCUCUGACCACCUUCCCCCCCUUCCAAGAUGGCGCCAUAUUUGACUAAACUCACCCUUUCAAAUAUAUUGGACACGAGACUGUGUUUAACUGUUGCUGACCAGCUUUAUCUUUGAUGAUUAUUUUUUGUGAUAUUUGUAGGUCAAUUAUCUUGUUCGCUUUAGUUUUACAAAUAGUAUCAUACGGAUAAAGAACAUAUAAUAAACAUACAAAAUAAAUCGAAGAAAAUUAAAGUAAGAAUCCUCCCUGAUAACUAGGUAUAUUUAUUAUUUUAUCAGUUAUCUCAAUUUUAUUGAACUGUAUAUUGCAUAUAUUUCAUAUUUGAGUUAUUUAUAUUCCUUUGUUCAUUCCAUAGAGGGUUAAAGAGUCAUAAAAUAAGCAUAUCUGUUCCACUGUUCUAUUUUACUCUUUGCAUGACCAAUAACUAUAAGUGUAAGAAGAGUAUAUCUAUAUGCAUCCAUGUAAGAGCCUGGUUUUAAAAGCGAUUCAAUAACCUCUGACCACCUUCCCCCCCUUCCAAGAUGGCGCCAUAUUUGACUAAACUCACCCUUUCAAAUAUAUUGGACACGAGACUGUGUUUAACUGUUGCUGACCAGCUUUAUCUUUGAUGAUUAUUUUUUGUGAUAUUUGUAGGUCAAUUAUCUUGUUCGCUUUAGUUUUACAAAUAGUAUCAUACGGAUAAAGAACAUAUAAUAAACAUACAAAAUAAAUCGAAGAAAAUUAAAGUAAGAAUCCUCCCUGAUAACUAGGUAUAUUUAUUAUUUUAUCAGUUAUCUCAAUUUUAUUGAACUGUAUAUUGCAUAUAUUUCAUAUUUGAGUUAUUUAUAUUCCUUUGUUCAUUCCAUAGAGGGUUAAAGAGUCAUCGAUUUUAACAGUCACAGGACGAAAUAACGUGUUUCCGUAUUUUGGAAACUCGACGGAAACGGGAAGUUGCUUAUAUCCGUCACGUUUCCGCCCUGCGGAAACAUGGUGAUCUAGUUUUCCAUGGACGGGACGCGUUUCCGCCAUGUUUCCGCGUCGGAAACGAACGAUCAUGUUUCCGCCACAUUUCUGUCAUCACAUUUCCGUUCUUUCUUGUUUCCGUUACGUUCCAGGUGACCAAUUUUUUCUUUUUUUAACCCAUGUCCAAGAUCGCAUGAUCAAUGUUUCGUAAACUUUGCCUUGGCGUACAAUCAAGGUGAAUAAAGGUAAAUUUACUCUCGAGAUUAAACGGUUCUCAUGCAUUACUCACAAGCGUUGCAUUGAUGCAAAGACUGUGAAGUGUGCGAGGUUGCCAUUGCUUUCCAUUCUAAGUGAUAAAAAUCGCAGAGCUUACCAACAGCUUUCAAUAUUUGCCAGAUUGAUGUUAAUCAGUACUAGUACUGGCGUAAAACUAAAAUGCUCUUAGACGGAGAAAACAACAGAGAAAACAAGAGAGAAUGGGGCCUAGAACAGAGCGGAGUGCUGGUCAGCGGACUUUUCCUUUGCUCAUGCUCAUUACGGUCAUUCUUUUUGGCGUCCAUUUUGAAAGUGAUUUCAACGGCUUCAAAUUUGCCAGCUUCUAUAGGUUCUAAGAGCGUGGAAUCGGUAUAUUUUUUGCUUUCUGAUGAUACCACAAGACAUCUAAGGGUUGUUAUGUAUAUUUAGCGACCCAUCGGCCUUCAAUAAUCGCUUCCCUCGUAGCGACUCUUUUCUGACACAGUGGAGCAGAAUGUGAGACAAAAACCUCGUGAUGCGCAAGUAUAAUUUGAAAGUUGGAGUGUUUAACCGUGCUAAGGCUAUCCAAGGCGGAGGAUUGUGAUGGAAUACCGAUAGUAAGACGAGGUAAGCUUAACAGUUUUCCAUAUUUCAUUUUUGUGGUCUGUAGCAUUUGAGAUAAUGCUUGGGAGACAUAUUUGUUGACACAAAGCUGUGAUUGAUAAGUACAGUAAUUUCCCGAGCAGGAAACUGCGACAUAAUGAACCUGAAUCCUCUUACUAAACAAGGCAAGGCGCUGCACUGUGAGGUCUGUGAAAUGAUUGUAGAAAAAUGGUUAGAGGGUUCCAGUGAUUUUGUUACAAAUAGUAUAUGCAUGGUGAGUCCUGGGGACUCAUUUUGUGAAUAGUCAAGAGUUCUGGCCUGUUCACAUGCACAACCAGUGAGUCCCAGUUAAAAAACAGGGAGUGCUUGAUUGAAAAUGCUUGGUAUGGGCCUUUUAACCAGACAGUUAAUCUGGAGACAGAUGCCAAAACUUUUUAUGACAGUUUACUAAAAUGAAAAUAUAGUCCUAUAUAUUUAAAGCACAAAAAGACUAAAAUAUUUAUAUACAUCUUUAAACAACAGCUACAGAAAUCGCACAAACAGGAUAUUCUACCAACAAAUCUUCAAAUCGAUCGAUCAUCCUUUGCAUCCUACGGGAUGCAUGCCAUGAAUUAUUUUAUGUCUUUGGAUAAUUUUUGUGUGUGGGGACACAAGAUGCAGAGGUAACAAAAUCACUGGGGUUUGAAACCAUUCUAAAUAGUGCACCAGUUUAAUUUACUGAGAAGGACGGUAACAAAUAUUGUUGAUCGUUUCAUAUGUCCAGGAAGCCCCUACACAGAGUUUUUAAACAGCGGCGACCAAGUGUGUAUGCUACGGAAAUACAAAAACAUUUAAUCGAAAAUCAGGUUGUUGACCAUAAAGGUUCGAUAAGUCAUGUAUUGACACGUGAUUUCGGUUACUCUUGCAAAGAGUUGACAAUAGUUCAAAAGAGAGCUUAAUCUAAUAAUAUAAUAAUGCUUGACUGAGACGCUCAAGAAAAAGUUGAAGCAUAUAUUUUUUUCAGUAACUGUGAUCCCAGGAAUAGGUACUUCUUUGACGAGAACUCGGUGAUUAAAACAACUGGGAAGUGAAGUUACUGUUGAGCAAACUUGUGAAGCUCAGUCGUGAUUGACAACUAUGUCUUGAAGUUCGCAAUUUGAUUCCCUAACUUGCUAAGUAAUUGGCUACUUCAUGAUGUAGUACCCAAUUUUCCAACGAACUUUGCAACAUGGUGUGGUAAAUAAUGUGAAAUCGACUGUAACAGAGUGAUCCAGACUUUAAGAGCGCUUUCCAUUUGUCAGAACUGGCCGGCCGGACCAUUGUCCAACCAGUCGGUUUGAUAUUGAAAUACGCUUUUGCCAAGAGUUUUUGCUGAACAACCAUUUCCUUGGUGCAUACUACUUAGGAUUUGACUGAUCUGGCUGGAGAGAUUUGAUUAAAAUGGAAAUUCUCAUUGCGUUGGGAAUGGUUUGGCCGGUCGGUUCUGACAAAUGGAAAGCGCCCUAAGUCUUCAUUUCAGUGGACAGCAAAACCAGCAGUGGAGUUAAACUAGUAAAACCACUUUUAUUUAUCCUGUAUUACCCUGCAGUUCUAUGCAAACAUCAUAUUGACCAGGGGGAAGGAGGGUACUCCUUAAAAUAAUAUGUUCUCUUGAAAUCCAAACAAUGUUCCCACAACUUGCAAAGCAACCAGCAGAUUUGUUUACUGAUCAUUCCUUGAAUAUCCACACUCAUAACUCAGCAUACGUUGUUGUCAGUUAAGAUGUUACAUGGUUGCGGUGACUGUCACAUUUUUUUUAGUUUCUCUUGCAUCUUCAGUACCAAGAAACAAUUACAACAUGUGAGAAAAACAAAGAGGCAUGAUAUUUUUGUCAAUUAUUGACUAUAUUUUCUCUGUUGGUUCGCCUCUCACUGCUAAAAUAUUUACUUUAGGAAACACAUGUACAUGUAUAUCCAGUAUAUCACAUUGAAUGUUUGGCUUUCAAGCUAGAUCAAACUCUUUCAAAUGAAAGAGUUUGAUGCAGCUCAGCCAUUCAACAAAACCCACUCACAAAAAAAAAAUUGAAUAGAUCAUUUGAUUUUUGAAUUCAGUCAAACAUUGAGUUGGGUUAUCAAACAAAGUGGAACUCACAUAAGGAACACUCAAAUGGAACAAAAACAAGCGUUUCAGUUCCAAGCAAUUGAUGACAAGUGUGUUAAUUAUUGAUCUAGUGUGAAAGCAGUCAAGGCGAUGUAAGAUCCUGCUUCUUUUAUUAUUUCCAUUUCAGAGUUAAAUUCUAAAAUAAACAUUUUCUGUGAAAAUGUCAAUACAUUUAUUUUGUUUACCAAGGAAAAAGUCUUUAAAUCUGCGAGUUGAAAUCAUCUUGGUAAUCAUCUCAGUUAUUACUCUUCACUACAUAAUUGGCCUCAAUAAUAUUGUAGCAUAUUCUGAAUCCAGCACUUGUCAGAUUUCCCUGGCUUGUUGAGUUGACUCAGUUUUCACAUUUUAUUUUUUUCCAAUAUAAUUUGGUUUGUUUCGAUUUUGUUCAGGCAUCAAACUCUCCAGAAAGCUGGUUUGAUAUUGUUUGAUGGCCAAACUGUUUUGUUCGGGGGAGUUUGAUUGGAACUUUGUUUUGCAUAAUACAUUGUACACCAGAAGUAUACAUUUACUGCAGUAAAUUAUCUGCUGCCCACCAGGGUUAUUGCUUUACAAGUUGUGAGAACAUCAUUUCUUGCACCCAGACCUUGUUACUUUCCCCUGCUUCCCCUGGUAGUGACCCUGUACGUGUAGAUGAUAAUGUACAACCUGAGGGAGGUUGUGCCCUUGAAAAGUAGGCUUUUUGUUACUGGUACUGGUAAUCAUAGACAGCCUCUCUUUACAUUUACAUGUACAUGUAACCCCUGGUCCAUAGUCUUAACGUUGCAGGUUGCGGGCAACAUAAUGUACUAACUAUUACUAUGAAACACAACUGUAUGCUUGUAAAAUUAUUGUAAUGUGAUGAAUCAGGGUUGUCAGAAAGUUUUGAAGUAGACAGCUGAGUUGUCAAAAAUAAUAAGCGGCCAGUAAAUUAUAUGUAUAUUACUCAUUUAGUAUUUUUUAUUCGUAUGAGAAUAUCUACAUUAGUAAAGUUGUCUUACUGCUAAAAGGUUUUCCCUCCCCCCCCCCCCGAUAGCCUGGGGAAUAGCUUCUGUGUUAUACUUAUUAGCACUUUGUUUUGUUUUUCAUACAACAGGCCAGGCAGAUCACCUUGGUAUGUGAUGUUGGUGCAGAACGUUCUCUCAAAGCAGGCUGGUUCAUGGAACUUAAUUUCAGUCUCAAGUUACUGUGCUUUAUGCUUAGUCAAGUUCUGCAAAUGUUAAUCUUGAAAUACUACUUCUAUGCUAAAGACAAAAAAUGUCCAACUGCUACCUCGAGUGGGCAAGGUGAAGCAAACCUUGCAUUCUAAUUGGCUACCCACGGGGGCAAGGUGAGCCCAUUUGGCCCACUUGGGAUUUCCUGCGUUGGUCCCGCAAGUAAAAGUUCUCUUCUUGGCCAUGUAAUAAUUCAUUUAUUGACCAAGCUUGUUCAUUCGAGAUGGCUGAAUAUUGACCUCAUUCAUUUUUGUAUUUUUAUUGACCAAGACCAGGCUGUGCUCUGUGGCCCGUUGCGCCUACAUCUGUAACUUUUGUUCUCAGGCGAAAAUCUUUGCUUUUUCAAAGAAAUCAUUUGCUGGGCACACUGGAUUUCACAAGUUCAGAGUGCUGGGCUGCCUUCAAUUUUUCUUAGAGCACAGCCUUGCAAGGGAAGGCAUAAUCAUUUAUAACAAUAAUAAUUAUUAGAACUUUGUGAACAUCUUUUCCAGAAAGGCAUUUUAUAUUGCUUUAAAAGGGCUAGGUUAUGCUAUGCUAUAUUUUGUUCUUUGAGAGGCUUAAAUGUGUCUUGGCUUAAAUUAAGUUCCAAAAAUAAUGGUCCAGUUCUGUUAUUUAAAACUUAAUUGAGGCAUUGGCACUGUUUCCCAUCACCUCUUGCUAUGUAUGACAAAGAUGAUCAUGGAUUGAAACUUGGCCAACUUUUUCAAGGUUAAAAUAAUGCUGUGACUGCAUAAAUCACCAAGAAUUAUUUUGGUUUGUGCUUCUUGAUGAAAUUGGCUUGAUGCAUGUAUCUUCUUCAUAACUCUACAAGUCAAGCAUUUUGUGUAAGGGUAAAGACACUGAGAGUGCUUUCCAAAAGUUGGAACUGGUCGGCUGGACCAUGGCUGGAGCAGUCAUUUUGACAAUGAAAUAGCUUUUUCCAAAGAGUUUUUGCUGAAAAACCAUCUCCUUUGUACAUUAGUAUUUAGGUUUUGACUGAUCUAGUUGGAUAGUUGUGAUUAAAAGUGAAAUUCUCGUUACUACUGGAAUGUUCUGGCCGGUCAGUUUUGACAAAUGGAAAGCGCCCUAAGUAAUGACUUCAGCAUAGAAGUGACCUAAAACGUACACAUGAAACACAAAAACCGUUUUAGCAGACUUGUAUUAUGUAAAACUGUAGCCAUACUUUGUUUGUUGAUGUAUUUUUUUGCAUUUCAAUCUUUGCAGUGGUCAUAGAAAAUUGUGUAGUUUAGACCACCAUGUUAGAAGAGUAAGAAUAUUUCCUGACACCAUAAUUAUAAAAUUCUCCUGAAGCAGAAUGGUCGUAUGAGUAAGUGGUAUAUGGUCAUACAGGUUAGUAUAGUACUUAGUGGGACUGUUGACAGGAACUGAUGUUUUGACAAUGCCCAUGAAAAUGGUGAUCACCUUGUUGUCUAAACGUUAGUCGCUGUCAACAACAGUCCUGCUCAGGACUACAAUGUACAUUCACCCGACAAAUCAUAUUCCACUUUGUUGAAAUAAUUAUUAUAGACAGCCAAACAUAUCACUAGCCAUAAACUGCACAUGAAAGUGUUUAUCACUAUCUGCUAUAAAGGGUAUUAAUUUGUUAACAGAUUUGACAUUUUCUUUGCCAAAAAAAGAGUACGUAGUCCUACAGAAAAUUUCUAGUGGAUUUCCUAAAGGAAGCCUCUUACUAUUCCUGUUCAUUGCUAGUGUGAAUAGGCACUCACAUUUAAAAUGUAAUUUAACUUAACCAAUGUAAUGAAUAAAUACCAUAAGAAGACCUGAUUGUCAGUUUAGGAAGCAAGAAGAAUAAAGAAAGUACUUGGAAAGAUUGCUGUGGUAUUAUUUUGUGCAAUAAAAAUGUCGAGAGAAUGGGUUUUUGUAACUAUAGAUGGCGAGAAAACUCCCCCAAGAUGGUGAAAAGCGCUUUUUUCACGAUGGAAAUAACUUGAAAACACCAGUUUCCGACUCGUAAACUCGUGUUUCCGCAAUAGUUACUUCCGAUUACGUUGACGGAAACAUGAAAUUGACUUGUUUCCGGAACGUUUUCGCGUGUUUCCGCAAGGAUGCCACGCAUUUACUCUUGCGGAAACACGUGUUUGCUUAGACGGAAAUUUGACGGAAACGUAGAAAAAAGUGGUACGAUUCCGCCGGAACCGCAGCGACGGAAACACGGGUAAACGUAAUGUAUCCGCUAACGGAAACAUGUGAUUACCGUCAUGUUUCCGCAACGGUUUUACGUGUUUACGUUAAGUUUCCAUUUACGGAUUCUUGAAAUUUCGUCCUGUGAGUGUCACGAGUUGCCCUCUAAAAAUAGUCUUUUAUAUUGUAUUGUAUUGUAUAUAUUGUAUACACAGCGCCUUCUACUUUAAUUCUCAUUACUGUUGUUUAUGGUAAUUAGUAUCUGCAGUCAAUCAGUUCUUUAUUCUCUAUUUAUAAAUGAUUGAACUCAAGAUUUAAAAUCGUUGGCGAUCCUCAAAACAUAAUUAUAACAUAGCUAGAAAAUUCGCCUUAUUAAAUUCAAUAGCGCGAGCGUGCUUCAUAUUCCUAUUGAGCACGCUGAUGACGUCAAUAAACUAUUCGUAAUUCCUCGAGUUGUUGUGAGCUUAGCAAUCCUGAGUCUCCUGAGUGCAACCGUAACUCAGCAGUGCACGAUGAAGCGUUUACCAUGUGUUUUAUAAGGAAUUGAAAUUUAAGAGGAAACGUUUGAAUUUGUCAACCGAUAGUAAGGAAAAGAGGCGAGUGUUGUUUUUGUUGUUGUCAUCUCCGCGAGCUGUGCGGGCUAUGGCGUGAGAUUAUUCUUUGCAAAGCUGUUUUGUCUCAAUAACAAUUUUUCCGUAAAUUAGUAUUUUUUUGGCACCUACAUAUGGAUUUUACAAUCAUUUUAGAGUACACUUUCUCUCAGUUUCAGGAUAAAAACAUAAGAUUAACUGUGAGGAAAAAAAAAUGUAGUCACGUAAACAUUGUACGGCUUUGAGUGCGCCCUGCAAUAAUAAAAUUUUGCUGCAUUGAUCGCUUUGAUAAUGUUAUAAAACAAUUAGUUCAUGCUGCAGCUGUGCGUAUGCCGAAAUAUUGAGCACUUGGGAAGUUUGGAGAGCACUCAAGAGGCUAGAGUUGCACUCGGCGCACGCCUCUUUCGUGCUCUCCAAACUUCCCACGUGCUCAAUAGACAGCUUAAGAUCCGACGACGGCGACGGCAACGGGAACACCACAAAAACAAUAGGUUUAAUUAGCAAAACAACAGUUCUGCACGUGCAUCACGCUUUUUGUACAUUUCUUUGCCGUCACUGCACGACUACGACGUGAAAAUGCCUAAUUUUACGAUGUACAGAGGAAGUACGACGAAAUUUCCUCGCUCCUUCUGAACUUGGAUAUGGUUCUUAGGAAUUCGACUUUAGGAGGGUUCGCCUACAUUUGACAAAGUUAGUGACUUGAAGUAAUCGUGAUGAAGAUUGAAAGCAGUGCCGUAGCCAGACCAAACGGCCAACCGAGGCAGGCGAGAGUUGCUAGGGGGGUUCGGGGGCAUGCCCCCCGCCCCCCCCGAGAAAUUUUGAACUUUAGUCUCUCGGAAAUGCGAUUUGCAGCGUUUUCUGGGCCUUUCGGUAACUUUUUUUCGAGUUAAUUUAAGUGGAAUUUAAAAAGCAAUAAUCAGAAACAAGCUACAUAAUCUGGGUGACCGUUAACCUCGCCAAUGGUUUCGAUCAGUAUUUGUUCAAAAAAAAUUUGAGUUAACGUACGUAGCCCCUUGAGAUCGAUGAUAUGGUAAUUUUUUUCAUAGUAUAUUGACUGAAUUGCUGAAUUCUUUGUAAUGAUGCGUUAAAAAUAUCCGAUGAUCGCUUAUGUAAAAUAAAAAUGAUCGGCGAAAUUCGUCAAAAUUUUACCGAGGCGAGUGCCUCGGUUGGCCUCAUACUAGCUACGGCGCUGGAAAGAACGCGAAUUCACUUUUUCAGCGACACUUUCUCUGCCGUUGCCGUCCUCGGAUCUUAAGGUCCCUAUUAAUAUCUCGACAUACGAACGCUCACGCAUGAACUAAUUGUUAAAUAGCACCGUCAAGAUAUAAAAUACAAACAGUACUACCCACGCGAUCGAAAAGUUAUCCCAAGGGGCUUUAUUUCUUCAUACAGUAGUUAAUAUCCAGGCCUCCUACACGGUGAGAAUGGGUUCUCUGUUCGAACGUUUUUCUGCUCAGACGGUCAGUAAGGUCUUGGUUAAGAAGUCGAUAUGGAACGCUGUCGAUAAGAGUUUUCAUUUUCUGGCGAUAGGUCUCGAUAUCUAAAACUACGCUAGCGCGACCUUUGUCAGCCGGGAGAACCAUCAUAAUAUUGUCAUCCUCCUUCAAGCUUUUGAGGGCUUGUUUCAUGUCUUUAGUUAUGUUAGGCUCAGAUGGCUACGCCUUUUGGAGAAGAUUAUGAACAGUUCUCCCGCAGUGACCUGACUGAGUCGGAUUGUUUUUUGUCAAAUUGUCUUAUAGCAGACUCGACUUUGGCAACUAUCUCAGUGGCUGGGAUACUAGUCGGAGUUAUUGCGAAAUUGAACCCUUUCUGCAGCAGCGAAACCUCAGUGUCGCUUAAGGACCUUGAGGAUAGAUUGAUAACCAUUUACAUUCUUGUCAAUACAAGGUGUAUUGGUCGGCGAAAGAGGGCUGUUUUCUCUUGAAAGAGUUUAUCAAAUUUACGUUGUUGUUGGUCUUUGGUCUUAUUAAAGACUCGCUCAGUGUUGCAACUGACCUUUUCAAGUGUAUGAGAAGCAUCUUUGGACGAAAGAGCUGAUGUUAUUUUUUCUUUAGUGAGCUCUGUAGCUGUUUUCGCAUCUCCCUUAGCUCUCUGAGUCAGGGGUAUUCUUUCUCUUAGCAGCCUAAAGAAUGCUAGUUCGUAGUACUCUGCGAGCGCCUUAGCUGCUACUGUUAAUCGGACCCGAAGGUCUCUUGGAACAAUGCGGUUCGUAACACACCUUAUGAGAAAGGUGAGGUGGUUCGAGUAAUGUUCGAGCUCCUGUGAGCAUCGCUCGUGUCGACGGAUCAACCUUAGGGCUGGGCGCCCAUAUUUCUGGUCAAUAAUCGUCGCGUUCAAUAUCAAAGUGACAACCGUGAGACAAACGAUAAAACUAAACCCUUAAUACACAUUAUCCACGACUGAUAAAUGUCUUUCAGGACAAAAUAAUUCUAGUUUUUUAUUAUUGAGCGUGGAAUGAAGUGAUUUAUAUUAUCCUUACAUGCACAGCAACUUAAAAAACUUAAGAAACAAUUAAAGGCGAUAGGCUACUCCGCGAGCAUUCGCAAAAAAUUCUCUCGCUAACGCGGAACUGAUGAGAAAUUACCCUUUAGGAUUUUCUUGUAAGAUGCUAGAAAGAGCUGUCCACGCACAACUUCUGUCUUUUCUCAAUGAGCAAAAUUUAUAAUCCUCUCCAAACUCACUUUUGAAUUACCUAUUCAACUGCUGGGUAAUUCAAAAGUUUAUCUUUUAUACUUGAAAUGCGGAAAUUACUCAUUUAUUUCAACAGCGAAAUUACUUUAAAACAUUUCUGUUGAAUCUCAUACAAUAUAUGUUUUGUAAACCAUCAUAUUUCUUCAACAAGCAACAAUAUUAAAUGGGAUCACUUUGAGAUAUUAACAACCAAAUCAGAUAUGCAUUGUAGAAUAAAAGAAACUUUAUUGAUUCGAGAUUUAAAACCUGCUGUAAAUGAAAAUGUUGGCAGUUGGAGACUUCAAAUGGAGUCUUCACAUCCGUGGACGUAAAGGCGGCUCAUGAUUCAGAACUGAACUGGUCAGAUUACAUUGGUUGUCCAACAGCAAUUUGCCAAAUAACAGCACCGCCCCGCGGUCUGACAUUGGUGACCUGUUCACCUUUAAGGAAGUGUCCUAGCUAAUCAUGGUCAUGCCUACUAAUGAACAAGGCCCCCGGUAAGGACAGAAUACCGAUGCGUGCGAUUAAAGACUGUCUUCGGCACAUACUACCAGCUAUUACAAUGCUGAUUAACUCCUCCUUUACUAUAAUAUAUAUAGAUUUAGUCAUAGAUUCCUUGAAGAAAAUAUAAAAUCGAGUAAUACUAAUGACAAGCUGAAAGCAACGAGAAGGUUGAAAACAACUACAAUAGAUCUCAUUAGCAAAAAAACAACUUUGCACGUGCAGCACGCUUUUUUUUUCCUAAUUAGCAAAAAAAACAACUCUGCAAGUGCAGCAGUUUUUCUUUUGUACAUUUCCUUACCGUUCUUUUACACGACUAAAACGUGAAACUUCUUUUAGCUUCCUAUUUACGCGUUUUAUGGAGGAAAUAUUUGUGUUCCUGUUCACUCUGUUUUUUCACUGCCGCUCGUUUUUCACGUUAGUAGCCGCUAGCAUUUCUCAUUUUAUAACCGCCGCUAUUUAAUUUUCAUGUUUUUCUUCCAACGAAAUUAGGCUGCAUGCAAACGGACGCAACAACUCCCAACAUUGUUGCCGCAACAAUGUUGGGAGUUGUUGCGUGCGUGUUGGCAGUGGUGUGCAAACGGAUGCAACAACUCCCAACAAUGUUGGGACCUGCAGUGCAUCGUGGGAAGGAUACAACCCAUAAGUCUUUGUAAACCAUGCGUAAUGAGCGUGCGUGGCCCCAACAAUGUUGGAAGAGCUGUGCAAACGGAUCCAACAUUGUUGCGCUACGCUUCGGCGAUCACGGAACAAAAGAAAUGUUGGGAGUUGUUGGCUGAAAAGUUUGACCGGUUUCAAACUUUGCGCAACAACACGCAACAACAUCCAACAACAUGCAACAGGGUGUGCAAACGGACACAACAUGUAACAUCCAACGAUGUUGGGAGUUGUUGGCCAACAAUGUUGCGUCCGUUUGCGCGGGGCUUUAGUCUCCGUUGUUAUUUAUUUCUCGCUCCUGACAAGUGUGACACUUAACAUCGGCUUACAUGUAGUGGCUGUACGGACGGUCGGCGUUCGUACGCUACGUCAUCACCAAAUUUUCUCGGAUGGAUAGUAUAGUUUACCAAAUUUUCUUACCCAUGGUGCUCCGCUGGCAAGCCUCGCGCGCGAGAGCUCCGCUAUUAUAUUAGUAGAACAACAAUUUUGUACGUGCACCGCGUUUUCUGGUAAAUUUCCUUGCUGUCCUUGUACGGUCUGUACGACCACGACGUGAAUUGACAAAGAAGAAAUAUCUUCCUUCUUUCGGUUGUUGCGGUACCCAUGAUAAUUCAACUCCAAAAGCAUUCGCGCGCCCUCGUUAAAGUGAUUCGGAAUAAACGCGACAAACUUUGAAAAAAUAUGGGAUGUUCAAGGGAUGAAUCCGAAGCUGAUUUAAUUGAGUAAAAUGUUAUGAGGUCCUAUGUAGCUAUGUACACUUUAAAGGGUUGUUUCCAGCCGUCUCAAGUUCUUUUGAUCUCCAUUUGGGGUUAUUUCGAGCUGCUGCCCCAGAACUGGUAAACUGAUGAUGAUCUAACAGCCAGAGGGCAUUGUCAGGAUUCAGUAGUAAGUUUCAAACCAACUCGGAACAUGAAUCUAUUUACGGCCGAAUUUAAGCAGCUGUCCUACGUUUUCUCUUACAUGGUUUCGCUGCCAGCCAGAAUUUAUACAGCGAAAUGAAAGUAGAUCAUGACCACAGGUUAUUUAUAUAAUGUUUGAGGUUGAUUUUAAUUUUUUGUUAUUCACUUUAGAGAACAAUAAUUGAUGAAUUAUUACGCGCUCUUUUUAAUCCAAUAACAUUUUUUUUUUGGUAUUAAAUUUUUCAGGAACAUCCCCAAGUGGAGCUCACACAGAGCCUUGGACCUUUGUGGUUGUACAAGACAAAUCUGUUAAAGCUGAAAUCCGCAGAAUUGUAGAAGAGAAAGAGUAUCUAAAUUAUGGAAGACGAAUGGGGGAACAGUGGGUUAAAGAUAUAGAGUAUUUCAAGACAACGUGGGCCAAACCAUACAUAGACACCGCUCCUUAUCUCAUUCUAGUUUUUAAGCAAGUUUAUGGAUUCAACGAGGACGGCAGUAAGAAAAUGCAUUACUACAAUGAAAUGAGUGUCUGCAUUUCUGUUGGUCUUCUCCUUGCAGCCAUUCAGGUCAGUUAUCUGUUUUUGUUAUACAGUUAAACCCCGCGUUAGGAAAAACCGUUUAAUACGGACACCUCAUUAUUAUUACGGACUGUCUGCUUUGUCCCUGGAAAAGAAACACCGUUCAUUUUCUUUAAAUUCAAGCACCUUAAUACCGACAACCCGUUAAUACGGACAAGGGGGUUGACUUUACAAGAGGCUAGGUGUUAAAUCUAUUUAUACAUUUUGCAAAUAUAAACAGCAGUACAGGACCCAAAAAAACAUAUAAAAAGCAAGUGUUGAAUCCUUAGAACUUCUAACUGAUUCGAAAAAGCAUUAUCUCAGCCAUACCCUUAGCUCACGUAGUUUUUUGUUUCACAUCUUCAAAAGCAGUAGCUAAAUUUUGUCUGUCGAUCCAGAUAAUGGAAGCCAUCCUUCGCCAUGAACUUGUAAUGUCAAUCAAAAAUUAGUUUAUCAAGAUCUAGAUGUACUAAAAGACUCGAAAACGGCUGACGGCAAAGCCUAGCCCGGCCUCGCCACGAUGGUCCGCGCUUCAGUGGCUGUAACCUGUACUUUCUACAGUAAACUCUCUCUAAAAUGGACAGCUUCAGGACCGGUCCUGCGACUGUCCGCCUUGGAGAGGUGACCGUCUUAUAGAGUGUCAAGGUAACACGACAUCAGUAAUUAUAAAGCUGACUAUUCGCAAUCAAUACACGUGUGUUUAAAACUGCUGAAACUGCAACACACGAAGAGCAGUGGAAUUAUUUCCUCUUUGUGCUAUCAAACGUUCAUUAUAUAAUCCAACGUUUGCGGUUUCGUGGUCCAAAAGUGUAACAGUAUACAUUCUGUACACUCUGCGAACUCAAUGGAGUAACGCUACAAAAUAUCAAACAUUUUGCAAGUUACUGUCAUGUAGAGCACCCACAUUUCCUUUUUGAGGUAUUUUUUCACUACAUAAAGCACUUCCCAAUCGUCCGUUAACGGUUUCAAGUGUCCGUUAUUCGUCUUAGAGAAGACUAGUUACAGUAAAAUGAUUGAAACACUGCAGGGACCAAUGCCUGGUGUACGCCUUAUAGAGGUGCGGUCCGUUAAAAGAGAGUUGACUGUAUAACGUACAAUUAGCGUUAAACCACAUUUAUGUAUAUUUCACCAGCGCAUGCACAUGCGUAUUUGCCAGAAUAAACCUCAAUUAACUUAUAUCAUUUUUAACAGAAUGCUGGAUUGGUAACAGUAACAUCGACUCCAAUGAAUGCUGGGCCACAAUUACGAGAGUUACUUGGAAGAAAGAGCAAUGAAAAGCUAAUAUUACUGCUUCCACUUGGUUAUCCUGAUAAACAAGCAAUGAUGCCAAACAUUAGAAGAAAGCCACUUAAAGACAUCAUGGUUCUAAAGUAAAACAAGAAUCGCCAAAAGGCGAUUUUUAACUGGGCUGCAAAGGGGCUAUUUUUUCUGAAGGGAGGGGACGGCUAUACACACUCAGGCUACCAUAAAACCUUGUCGGCAACCAUUGCAUGCGACAGAACCUCAUGUGAGACUGAAACAUAAACUCAUUCAGAACAUUGUACCCUUUUGAAAGACUUUCGUAACCAAAAAAAAGAGUACCAUUUUUAAGUGGGGGCUGUAUAAUAACUUUUAAAUUCCACCAUUAUGAAUAAAAAUAAACAAGUUAGCCAUUAAUUCUAAGCAGGAAACAAUUUGCAUUAUUUCCACGCACCCCUCCCCCAAUCCCUCUGUGCCCCAAAAUAUAGCGUGACAGUAUAACGAGACUAAUUUGACG